AUGCAAAACCACAUCAGGCUGUUUGGCAGCGUGGUCACACGGCUGAACAUAUUCACAGACUUCAGGUCCUUUUUUGAGAGCAACACGUCAGGCAUCUAUACUGGCCACGGGCCCAAGGCUGUAUACAAGGAAAGCCAUGCUGUCGUGCUGGUUGGCUACGACCUUGACAAGGGGUACUGGAUCGUCAAGAACUCGUGGGGAGUCAACUUCGCCGCAAGCGGAUUCUGCAAGGUGGCCUUUGGAGUUGACGGCGUUGGCUACCCUGACGACACAUUUGGAAUCUACUUUGUGCCGGACAAGCCCCCUCCCAAGCCCCUCAACAGACUGUCGCCCUCCAGCCGCCCUGGCUGCUACAAAUACCGCACCCUACCCAGCUUUGCGGCUACACGCGUGUGGCUUGGCGUCUAG